AUGGCUUCUGCUUCUUCUAGUAGUGCUUUCUUCACCUUUCUUCUAAUCCUUACCUUUCUUUCAUUUUCUCAUAUCAAAGUAUCUGAAGCACAAGCCACACCUCCUAUAGUAAAGGGACUAUCAUGGACCUUCUACAAUUCAAAAUGUCCUAAGCUUGAAUCUAUCAUCAGAGCUGAGCUCAAGAAAAUCUUUGAUCAAGAUAUUGGUCAAGCUGCUGGCUUGCUUCGCCUUCACUUCCAUGACUGCUUUGUUCAGGGUUGUGAUGGAUCAGUAUUAUUGGAUGGAUCAGCAAGUGGACCAAGUGAGAAAGAUGCACCACCAAACUUGACUCUUAGGGCCGAGGCAUUCAAGAUAAUCGAAAAACUUCGCACCAUCGUCGAGAAGCAGUGCGGAAGAAUCGUCUCUUGUUCUGAUAUCACCGCCGUUGCAGCGCGUGACGCUGUUUUCCUUUCAGGAGGACCGGAGUACAGAAUCCCAUUAGGAAGAAGAGAUGGGUUAACAUUUGCAACAAGAGAAGUAACAUUACAGAACCUUCCUUCACCAGCAAGCAACACAACAACAAUCCUAAACUCACUUGCAACCAAAAACCUUAACCCAACAGAUGUAGUAGCACUCUCAGGUGGGCACACAAUAGGCAUAAGCCACUGCAGUUCUUUCACAAACAGACUCUACCCAACACAAGACACUGUCAUGGACAAAACCUACGGCAAAAACCUUAAACUCACUUGUCCUACUUCCACCACAGACAACACAACUGUUCUAGAUAUUCGAAGUCCUAACAAGUUUGAUAACAAAUACUAUGUCGAUCUCAUGAAUCGUCAGGGUCUUUUUACCUCGGAUCAAGAUUUGUACACUGAUAAGAGGACUAAGGGUAUUGUUACUGAUUUUGCUGUGAAUCAGUCUCUUUUCUUUGAGAAAUUUAUUGCUGCUAUGCUUAAAAUGGGUCAGCUUAAUGUUUUGACUGGAACUCAAGGAGAGAUUCGUGCCAAUUGCUCUGUGAGGAAUAAGGAUAGGAAAUCUUUCAUUGCUUCUGUUGCGGAAGAUGUGGUUGAAGGAUUUUUAGAAAUGUAA